AUGGCGAAUCCGCUCUACACCGGCCAGUGGCCCAUGACUCCCGAAGGCGAGGAGAUUCGCACCAUUUUCGUCACAGGGUUCCCCCCAGACGCCAAGGAGCGCGAGGUGCAGAACAUGCUGCGCUGGUGGCCGGGCUACGAGGCCUGCCAGCUCACUUUUAAGGGGGAUCAGCCUUUAGGGUUCGCCAUCUUCAGCACCCCUGCUAUGGCGUUUGCUGCUAGAGAUGCACUUCAGGGUCUCAUCUUCGACGCGGAUCACAACUCGGUGCUGCGAGUGGAGCUGGCGAAAACCAAUCUGCACAGACGGAAAGGUCUACCUGGGGGAGGUGACGGCUACGAUCACUCCAAACGCUCGAGGGUGGAUCCGAUGGCUGCUUAUAUGCCCGGCUCUGCUGCUGCUAUGGGCAGCUUCAUGCCAGCAGCAUAUGACGCAUAUGCCUCCUCCUUCACACCCCUCCCUGCCGCCCCCGCUGCUGCUCCCAAAACGUACACUCCACUCCCUGCCCCGCCCUCGGGCAUGCCUGGAAAGAUAUACCGUGACAACCCCCCCUGCAACACGCUCUAUCUCGGCAACCUGGGCCUGCAAGUGAGCGAAGCCGAGCUGUUGCAGAUCUUCAGCGUGCAGCCUGGUUAUGUGCAACUGAAGCUGCUUCGACAGGGAAUGAGCACCUGCUGCUUUGUGCAGUUCGUUGACGUGGACGCAGCAUCAGCAGUGCACACGGCGCUGCAGGGAAUCUCUCUUGCGUCCUCUGACCGGGGGCCUGUGCGCGUACAAUAUCCUCCUCGCCACCACUCCCCCACUGCCCUUACACACACCCUCCCUGGCCCCAUACCCUCCUGCCCUCCUGCCCUCCUUUCACCUCAACAUGCCUCUGUGCCAUUCCGCCCUACAUUUCCCUUACCCCGCUUUCUCUCUCCCCUUCUCUCUUGCGCCCUCUUCUGA